AGGGCUGGACAGUCUAAAUUUGGAAGAGGUGAUCAGGUUCCCUGUCUGUGUGCACAUGAUACUGUCCUAGUUACUUUAGCGAUGCCCCUUAUCACACUGUCACACACUCUCAACGAGUCCAGACGCUCUCUGCGAUCGUGUUUUUCAGCAGUCAGAACUCUACUGGGGCACACCAUCUGAAGUAAAAGGACGUUUUCAACAGGCUCCUCUGUUUGGACUUAAGGUUCUCUUGACUGGACUGAAUAUUUGGGCCUUGUGCAGUGGAGCUCAACCCUCUGUUAGGCUUUUUCUCUGUCGCUUAACACCCCAGCUACAGUGCUUGGCGGGAGGAAGAGACUGCUGAACCGCCAUGUUUCUUGCACUAGUGGUGACGCCAGAGCUGAGGGAGUUCCUGGCCAGGGCAAGAGGUGGAGCGAUGCGCCUCAUCAAGGUGUGCAUCCGAGACGAGCAGCUGGUGCUAGGGUCCUUCAGAGAGCCGGAAAAGAGCUGGGACCAGGAUUAUGAUCACUUCUUGCUUCCUCUCCUCGACGACCAGGAGCCCUGCUACAUCCUAUACCGUCUCGACUCCCAGAAUGCACAGGGCUACGAGUGGAUCUUCAUAUCGUGGUCUCCUGAUCAGUCUCCAGUGAAACAAAAGAUGUUGUACGCUGCCACCCGUGCCACAGUGAAGAAAGAGUUUGGCGGUGGCCAUGUGAAGUAUGACAUGUUUGGCACAGCUGAGGAGGACAUCUGUUUGCUGGGCUACCAGCAUCAUGUGUCAUCCUGCUCAGGCCCUGCUCCGCUCACAUUAGCUGAGCAGGAGCUCCAGAGGAUCAAAAUCACAGAGGGUUGGGUUAAACAGGUGAAGACAGAGAUCAAUGUGGAGAGUAAGCAGCAGACUCUCCAGGGCCUCGCUUUCCCACUGCAGGAGACAGCCAAAAGAGCCCUGAAGCAACUUGCCCAAAAACGCAUCAACUACAUACAACUGAGGUUGGAUGUGGAGAAGGAGACGAUCGAGCUGGUCCAUUCAAACCCGACAGAAACUCGUGAAUUGCCCCGCAGAGUUCCCAAAGACACUCCCAGAUACCACUUCUUCCUUUACAAACACUCCCACGAAGGAGACUACCUGGAAUCUGUUGUGUUCAUAUACUCCAUGCCAGGAUACAGCUGUAGCAUUAAGGAGCGGAUGUUGUAUUCCAGCUGCAAGAGUCGACUACUGGAGGGCGUGGAGAAAGAUUACUCUUUAGAAAUUGCUAAAAAGUUGGAGAUUGAUAACGGAGAUGAACUGACUGAGGAGUUUCUGUAUGACGAGGUCCAUCCCAAGCAGCACGCUCACAAACAGGCCUUCGCUAAGCCCCGGGGCCCUGCGGGAAAAAGGGGACACAAGCGCCUCAUUAAGGGGACAGGAGAGACCAUACAGGACAGCUAGAGGUGGACCCAUUUCUCCCAUAGUCAAAUCUGCAGAUCCAAACCUCCCCAUUUCCCCGGACAUGACUAACUAACACCUUGUCAGGCCCAGGGGAACAAGCACAGUGAUGGAUUUCAUCUGCUGUUCGUGUGCAGACACACUUGUUUUUGAAGAGAAUUUGCUGAUAAAUGAACUGUGUCUCCCAAAAGCAAACAUAAAGACAUAACAUAUCAAAGUAAACAUAACAAAAAUCACUCAAUGUUUAUUGAUAACUUCCUCCAUUUAAAAAAAUAAAUAAAUAAAAAAAGGCUAAAAGCCAGACAGAUGGCCUUGUUAUUGUGAAGCUAAUCCGUCUGGUUCUUCCAUACUUAGAAUUAGAUCUGCAGUUUACAGUAUAACAGACUUGUAAUGAAUUGUAAAUGCUAAGUCAGAUGUUUCAGUUCUCAUGUCUGGCCUUCAAUACAAGUUUUGUAUUAAUAAUGUUUGUAAGACAAUAUAAAAGGAAAUUCCAAAUAAAUGUUUUUACUGUGGUAUUAGA